AUGGGUUCAGGACACAGGGCCCUGGGAGAAACCAUGAGAAAAAGGGCAGCGGAAGGGCAAAGCGGCCAGGAAGGGCCGCCCCCAGAGCCACCGGGCAGCACGACAGACCAACAGGGGUGCGGCCCGACGGCGCUGGAAUGCACCCCAGACACCACCCCUUCCCAUGGAGGCACAGGGAGCAGCUCUAUACCCAAAGGAAGCACACAGGGUGCCGGCGUGAGUGCACCAAUAGGAGGAGUCCCAGAACCACACCACCAGGGCCACGGCUCCCAAAGGCAGGAGCAAGUGGGAGCAAAGACGGGGGGCAAAGGAGUCACCACAACCAAAUCCAAAGCACAGGUAGGGACCACCGAGCCAUUUGAGGGCGGGGCCUGGCCCCCAGACAAGAGGCGAGGCCCAACCCCAGGACCAAGAAGCCCACAAGACCCCCCCAGCAUAGCCAGCAGGGCCCUCCCAACCCCCCCCACCCUGGAUCCCAUCCCAAACACUAAAGCCCGUGAUCAAAAGACCGCCCGAGCGGGAGUGGGGCACCACCCCGCGGAGACCACUGCCCCCAACCCCCCAGCAGCCGCCAACCCCCCAGCGCCAACACCCACGCCCCAACGCCACCACCCACCCCCACAACAGGCCGCAGGAUCCCGGGCCCCACAGGCCCAGAGCAGGGCCACGGGACCACAGCAGAACCGGCCCAACCCCAAACAGCAGGCGGAAGGAGAGGUGCGGUGCAGGGAGCGGGCCACAUAUACCGGCCCCACAGGGCCCCCAGCCCAACCCCAGAUCCAGCGGAGGUGGCAGGGAAACCACAAGACAGGGGAGGCAGGCAGCCCCGGAGGAGCACCGGAGGCCCAGGGAGGAACAAACCAACAGGGGGGACAGGGGGCCAGGGAGCCGCAGAUGAAUGUACCACCCUGCUCGGAGGUCCCCAAACCAGGGAAGGUGCAAGAUGGGACCCCAGAGCGGCAGGGGCAGCCGAGGAGCCAAGGGGAGACAGGCGGGCCCCACAAACCCGGAGGGAGAAGCCGGGGGACGUGGGGCCACAUACAUCCGGGCCCCAGGGAGAGGCCCCACUCCCCGCCCAGGUAUCGGACCCCAACCCACCAACGGCAGAGUAGACAGACCCAACUGAAAAGGAAUGAUGGCCGCCCAACUCUACCCCCCCGCCACCACCACCCCCACCGCCAAUAG